UUUUUUUGUGUGUCUGAUCUUGUUUGUAUGCAGAAAAAUCAAAGCGAGUGGAGAUGGACAUGAAUUACCCGAAGAUAUUAGCUAAUAAUUUCAAUAGCAAUAUGGAAGAAGAAGAAGAAUCGGCGUUCAUUGAAAUGGAUCCUUCACUUUCUCCAUCUAAGAGAUUCUCUAAUGUUAAUCGACAUGAUUUCAAUUUUCCGAUAUCUGAUCAGGAGGAAUUGAUAAUGAAAAAUAAUAUGGCGGAGCCUUUGAAUUCUGAUGAACAUAAGAUAUCUUCAGGGGUUGGGAUAUUUCAGAAAUUGUUGGAUUUUCUGAAGAAAAUGAGUUUUGGGUGCAAAAGUGGUACUAGUACAAAGGUGCUGGAGGGACCAAUGUUAAUGAAGAAGUGGGAAAGUUCUGAAGGGACAUCUUUGACUCCAAGGACAAGUAUAGCUAAUUAUUCUGAAGAGGAUUGGCGCAGAUCUUGUGAUUCUGAGGCAUCUAUUUAUGAAGCUGUUCUUCAUUGCAAAAGAACUAUUAAUGGUGAUGAGUAAUAAGUGAAGGUUUUUUUCAGUACUAGCAAGGAAGAAAUGAAAGUCUACUUGAAUGAUAUAUAGAAGAAAAAAAGACAAGAGAUGUAUGAAAAAUAUUUUGUUUGUGUUGUUGAAAGUUUUGAGGAGACAAAGAAUCUUAAUGACUCACAUUGUUUGUCCUUGUGUUUUCUCUUUUCUCUCAAGGAACAAUCACGUUCCGACUUGGAAAAUGUCUUGUUUUCUGCUUUGUAAAGUCAUAUAUGUAAUGAUAUUUUUAUACUCUGGUUUU